CCGGCCCCUUCCCCUGCCGGUGCCGGGCCAGGCAGCCCGCGGCCGGGCUGUGCGGGGGGGCUGCAGCGGGCUCAGGGCCUGGAGCGGAGCGGGGCCGGGACCCCCCAGCAGAAACUCAUCCAAAUGCUUUGGCUCCUCAUUCCUGCCUGCUGACCACACCAGGAUGGCCAUGACUCAACCAGCUUCCAGGACUGAGGUGCAGAGGUGUUGAAAGACCUUUCUCAGGGUGAGGCCAAUGACACCAGUGAUGGAGAGCAUGUACUCAGUGGAGCCUGCACCUGAGGGUGCCAGCCCCACCUCACUGGAUGUGCUCAGUUUCCUGGACACGCUGGUGAACAGCACAGAGGAGCAAUGCUUCAGUGCCCGUUCUCGCAGCACUGUCCUGGAAGGGCUGCCCUUCGGUGGUGUGCCCACAGUGCUCGCCAUCAACUUCAUACUCUGGCUGCUUCUCCUCCUGAUCUUCUCCUGCCUUCGAAAAGCAGCUUGGGACUACGGGCGCCUGGCACUGCUGAUGGACAAUGAUAGUCUGACAUCACUUUUCUAUGGAGAGCAGAGUGAGAAGGAGAAGUCCCCAUCAGAGAGCAGCCCCCUGGACACCGACAACAAGGACAUGGGAUUCUGCUCCUGGCUCCUUUCUAUCUACCAAAUGAAGGACGAGGAGAUUCAGAGCAAGUGUGGGAUCGAUGCCACCACCUACCUGUCCUUCCAGCGGCACCUCCUGGUCCUGCUGAUGCUGGUCUGUGUGCUCUCUGUGGCUGUCAUCCUGCCUGUCAACUUCUCAGGGGACCUCCUGGGACACAAUCCCACCCACUUCGGCCGGACAACCAUCGCCAACAUCCCAACACAGGACCGUCUCCUGUGGCUGCACAGCAUCUUUGCCCUCAUCUAUUUCAUCCUCACAGUCCUCUGCAUGGCCCACCACUCUAUGCAUCUUGAAUACAGAGAGAAUGAGAAGGUUGCUCGGACCCUGAUGGUUACCCACAUCCCCAAGGAGAUCACGGACCCUUCCCUUAUCAUCAAGCAUUUCCAUGAGGCUUAUCCCAGCUGCACUGUCACCAAUGUCCAGUUCUGCUUCGAUGUGCGCAAGCUGAUGAAGCUGGAUGCAGAGAGGCGCAAGGCAAUGAAAGGGCGGCUUUACUUCACCACCAAGGCGCAGAAAGAGGGGAAGAUCAUGAUCAAAACCCACCCAUGUGCCCGCAUCUUCUGCUGCCGCUUCUGUGGCUUUGAGCAGGUGGAUGCUGAGCAGUACUAUGGGGAGCUGGAGGAGAAGCUCACAGAUGAGUUCAAUGCUGAGCGCAACCGCAUCACGCUCAAGCGGCUUGAUAUGGCCUUUGUAACCUUCCAGGAUGAGCGGAUGACAGCUGUGAUUUUGAAGGACUACAGCCACAUCCGCUGCCGCAAGCACCCCCAGCAGUCCUCUGUCACCACCGUGGUCAAGUCACAUCACUGGGGCAUUUGCUAUGCCCCUGCACCCAGCGAUAUCAUCUGGGAGAAUUUAUCAGUCCGUGGCACUUCCUGGUGGGUACGAUUCAUCCUCCUUAAUAUCUGCCUCUUCGUCCUUCUCUUCUUCCUCACCACGCCAGCCAUCAUUGUCAACACUAUGGACAUGUUCAAUGUCACACACCCUGUGGAAAGCCUCAAGAACCCCAUCAUCACCCAGUUCUUCCCCACGCUGCUGCUCUGGGCCUUCUCUGUCUUCUUGCCCUUCCUCGUCUACUACUCGGCAUUCUUCGAGUCACACUGGACAAGGUCAAGUGAAAAUCAGCUCACCAUGCACAAGUGCUUCUUCUUCCUGGUGUUCAUGGUCAUCAUCCUGCCCUCGCUGGGGCUGAGCAGCCUGGACCUUUUUUUCCGCUGGCUCUUCGACACCCACUUUCUGGACCAGGCUGAUGUCAAGUUCCAGUGCGUUUUCCUCCCAGACAACGGCGCUUUCUUUGUCAACUACGUGGUCACCUCCAGCCUGAUCGGGACAGCCAUGGAGCUGCUGCGCAUCCCAGGCCUCCUUGUCUACACCGCCCGCCUCUGCUUCGCCAAGUCCGAGCCCGAGCGGCUUCACAUCAAGCGGAGCCAAGCCUAUCAGUUCCAGUUUGGACUGGAGUAUGCCUGGACCUGCUGCAUCUUCUCCGUCGUCAUGACCUACAGCAUCACCUGCCCCAUCAUUGUCCCCUUUGGGCUGCUCUACAUGCUGCUCAAGCACAUGGUUGAUCGGUACAACAUCUACUAUGUGUACAUCCCCACCAAGCUGAACCAGCGCCUCCAUGUCGCCGCCAUCAGCCAGGUCCUGGUGGCCCCCAUCCUCUGCAUGUUCUGGCUGCUCUUCUUCUCCGUCCUGCGCCUUGGUCCUACCCGCCCUGUCACCCUCUUCACCUUUGUGGUCCUCCUCUCCUGCAUUGUCUUCUCCUUCUUUGGCCUCUGCCUGAAGAAGCUGCAGCCGCGGAAACCCUCCAGCUACCAGAUGUCUGACCAGUCUGAGGGCGCCUUCAAUGAUGUGGAGCGGAGCAGCGUUUCCUCCACCCCCAACUCCAAUCUCUUUGUGGCCACGGUCCUGCAGGAGCCUGAGCUGAGCCUGACGCCGGCGGCCUCCCCUGCACACCAGUCCUAUGGCACCAUGGGGAACCACCUGGAGCCAGCAGAGGAUGGGGAGGACGAGGCACUGCAGAGCUUUGAGACAGAGCUGGAGACAGUCGAGGGCGAGUACAGGAGUGGCCCUGUGAUGGAGAGCCAGGCUCGCUACCAGUGAGCAUUCCCACUGCCGGGGUGAGGACCAGCCGUACCCAGAGCAGAGGAGAAGAGUGGAAGACAUGCCAGGGGGCAGGAAGGCAGGGGCCUUCCCAUCACUGGUGGGGGCCACCUCAGUGAUGGGGUGGGGGGAUGAUAGGGCUGAUGUGAGGGGGAGACCUCAUUGUAUAGGAGGUGGUGGGAGGCUCUGGUGGUCCCUCCAGCUGCCUGGACUGACUCAGUCCCUGCCCCAUGUCCCUAUCUCCACCUGCCUCUUCCAGCCCAUCGUGGAGAAGAUGGGGUGCAGUGGUAUGGGGAGAGGUUGUUUCUGAGAGGCCAUGCUUUUGGGGGCAGGAAGGAGACCCUGGCCCUUCCAUGAGAAGGAAGCAGCCCAGACAGCUGAGAUGAAUGUGCCUGCUGCCACUCUAUUCCACGGGUCCCCAGUGGCAGGGGACAGCCACCCCUAACCCUUGCUUCACACCCUGCCUACCCGUUGCUCAUGGUGGCCACCCAGCUGCCUCCCCUGGUGCCGGCUGUGCAGGCAUCUGGCCACCCCUGCUGCUGCCCCCAUGGCUUUGUCCAUUAAAGCAGGGACUGCAGAGACCCGUGUGCUUUGGUGUAGGAGGUGAGCGCCCUGGCUGCUGCCGCACUGGCUCUGGCCCAAGGCAGGCAUCAAAACGCAAGUUGAGCUCUUCCCUGGCCCUCCCACAGCAUCCCUUCAGCCUGCUGCACCAUGUCUGUGCUCUUGGGUCUUUGGGGAGGAAUGGGAGGCCAAGGGACGAGCGUGUUUAAUGGCUGUGAGGGCAGCUCCUCAUCAUCCCACUCACCCUGGCAGCAUCCCUGUUGCACUCACGCUCCCCCCAGGGCUGGCCAUGGGACCCUGUGUAGCUCUGUCCUGUCACAAAAGAAAUGGGGGGGAGGAAGGGGGCUGGAAGGAUCCUGGCCUCUGGGUUCUGGUCCACUGCAUCCUUGCCUUUGCCCACAAGCCACAGCCAUGGGAUUUCCCCAGCAGCCACACCACCUCUGGAGUGAGUCCUGCAGUCAUCAUUGUAAAUGUGCCAGCUUCUGCCCACGCAUCCAGGGGGCUCCAGCUCAUCCACAGCAGCUGGGGAGACCGCUGGGGAUGAGGGCAGAUCCUUGCCCUGCUUGGCCCCUUUCCCACCAGGGUGUGCUGGCUCCUCACUUGGCCCUGCUUUGGCCCUGGGGCUGAUUUUCCUGUUCCUGAUUUUCCUGCUGGCUUCAGAACAAUUCUAGCCAUUAUCCCAGGACCGUGCAGGGUGGGAAGGGAUGAUGACACAGGUGUGCCAGCACCAGGCUGCUGGCAUGGGGGUGCUGCUGCACAAUGGCAGAGGCUCAGCUAUGGCACUACUUAUCAUUACUGGUGCCACUGAGAGGAGGGGGCAUGGUGUGCCAGCCCAGGGGGGGUUAAAAGCAGGCCAGGAGCAAGCUGUGGGUCCUGGUUGGAUUCAACUGAGGCCUGGGGCAUUCCUGUGGGGCUGAUGGGUCUCUGCUCAGCCAGCUGGCAGCCCCACCGGCCCCAUCCCUCACUUCUGCAUGCCAGGGCAGUGGCUAUGACACUGUAGUCACCAAGGGGUUGCCUCAGGGGACCCUUGAGCUCAGACCCUCCCUCCCAACCCCAAAGAGCACCCUGGGGUCUCAUGGCUCCCUGCCCAGGUGCCCUUGUGGGGACUGCCUGCAACUGAGCCGCUGCCCUCACUGCCUGCACUGGGAGCCACAGGGUGCUGGUGAUUUCUCUCUGGGUGAGAGCAAGUGCCUGUGAGUGGCACUGCACCCCUGGGAGCUCGGGCUGCUGGUCUGACUGCCCUUGGCUGCCCCGCUGUAGGAAUGUGCCAGAGGUCUGUACCUUCUUGUGUUUUAUUGCUAUGACCGUGCCUUGAAUAAAAUGACUUCACCCAGUGGCUUCCCUGGCAUUGUCACCCCCCGUGCACCCUGCCCAGUGCCAGUAGAUGGGGACCAUCACCACUGCAGGCUCCAAAAGUACCCUGGAACCUUUCCCCACCUGCAGGCUGCUUUUGAGCUUUCCUGGGGAUGUCCUGCAGAUGCUUCAGUGUCAAGAACACCUCUUGUCACAUGCAGGCACCUUGCUGACCUCCACUGUCCCCAGAGAUACAAACCCUAGUGAAUGAGCAGAAGCGGCAAGAUCUGGGGAGCACCCCCCCUUCUCUCCUCAGAAAGGCUGGCUCAGCCCUUGGCACCAUCACAGACACGGAACAGGCAUGUCCCUCCCAUCUGCAGGCAGGGCUGGCUCAGGACACCACCAGAGAUACACACUGCCUGGAGGGAGCUGGCCUGGAACUACUGUGGGACAACAGCAAGGAGCAGGAGGACCAGUCCCAUCUAGGGAUGGAGCAGAUAUUUCCAAAGCUGAACUGCUCACCAGCACAUCCUGGGGAAGGGGGUGGACACCAUUUUGAGAACCUCUCUCUAGGUUUUGAGCAGACAACGCUCUUCCUCUUCUCCUCCCUCCCAAAACAUUCUUUGUACCCAAAUCCUUACUUGAACGAUUUGCCUCUGGUUUCAGCAGGUCCCUCCAGCUGGCUCGUCCACAGCCCCUCUGUGGUGAGCCCUGCCCUGCCAGCCUGCCUCAUGGCACAGGGCAGGGGACACGAGAGGGCUUCUCUUCAGGUGAAAACCUGGAAAAUUCAAACCAUCAUACCCCAGCCCUCGGAAACCUGCUCAUCUGAGUACAGCCUGUGCACACAGAAGUCCCUCACAGCCGGGGCAGGCACUCACACGGCCUCUCCUACUGCAUCACCGGUAGUGGGCAAUGCCAAGGGCAUUCCCACUGGGCAAAGCCAUGGCAAACCUCACUGCUGGCACAGGGGGUUGAAACUGGGGGUGUGGCACUGCCUGUGUCUGCAAUGCUGGGGUUGGACUCCCAGCACUCGCCCUGAGGGUGGCAGUUGUGCUCCAGGCCAGGAAGAGCAGGAACACUGACUUUAGCAAUGCACCACAGGGAAGAUUUCUAUUUGCUCAGAUUUCUGCUGCUCUCCUUGCCCUUCCCAGCCAGUUGCACAUUUCCCUGCAGAAAGCCCCAUCCUAAACAUUGCCUAGGGCAGAGCAGCACAGUUUUCCCGAGAUGCUUACUGCCCUCUCCUGUGGCAGAGCUGGAGUUUCCAGGAGAUGCUAUUUCAGAUCUGAGCUGGCUUCUCUGCUCUAGGGACCAUCCUUCUUCACUACCAAGUGCCCAACCCUCCCAGAGCUGGAAACCCACAAUAGGAAAGCUAGAAUAUGCCCUUGGAAGAGGGGGACAGGGCAUCCUACAUCCCCACCAUGGUCCUUCAGGCAGUCCAGCUGGCAGGGUGGGUGCUGCAUGGAGCCAGUCAAGGCUUCCCUGCCAGACUGUGCCCUGUUGCUGUGGUUACGUGCAGCAGUGGGUGACCAGCAGCAGCAGGCGAGCCUAUACUGUCUCAAAGAACAACCAGCAGCUGAACAGCAGGAAAAGGAUUUUAGGCUGGCUGCUUAAAACUUUAAUUCCAUUAGAGGUCAUGAAAUUUGAAGGGUAAUGAGCAGUCAGCAGCAGGAUGCUUUUGCUAGCCCCUCCACUGCUCACCCAUUCAGUUAGAGUGCACAAAAGAUCUCAACAGAUGUUUGAUUCUGGGUGCCUUCUCAUGUCAAUCGAGCUGGGCUACACAAGCACUCCCAGUGACAAAUAUCUCCAAACCCAAAGUCAACAAGAAAGCAGUA